UUUUUUUUUUUUUACUGCGAGAGAGGGAGAGAGGAAAUAGAGGCACCAGAGCUCCACCAGUCCACUGAAAUCUUCCUCCGUCCCGGAUCAUGUACCAGGACUACUCCGUGAACUACGACACCUCGUCCCGCGGCAGCAGCACCUCUCCGGCCCAGCCAGAGUCCUUCACAAGCGGCAGCAGCACGAUCGGAAGUCCGAUCUCUACCUCAAGCUACCAGAAGUACAGGGUUGACAUGCCUGGCUCCAACAGUGCCUUCAUUCCUACYAUCAAUGCAAUCACAACCAGCCAAGACCUGCAGUGGAUGGUGCAGCCCACAGUCAUCACCUCCAUGUCCAACCCCUACACCCGCUCUCAUCCGUACGGCCAUCACCUGACCAACGGGCCGGGGCUGCUGGCGCACAACACGCUGGCUCGGCCCGGGGUCAUUCGCUCCAUCGGAGAUGCCAGGGGCAGACGCAAGAGGGACGAACAGCUGACGCCAGAAGAAGAGGAGAAAAGAAGGGUGAGGCGCGAGAGGAACAAGUUGGCUGCAGCCAAAUGCCGCAACCGCCGCCGAGAGCUCACAGAGAUGCUGCAGGGGGAGACCGAGAAGCUGGAGGAGGAGAAGGCCGACCUGCAGAAGGAGAUCGAGAGCCUCCAGAAAGAGAAAGACAAGCUGGAGUUCAUGCUGGUCGCCCACAACCCCGUGUGCAAGCUGCCCAUGGAGGACCGCCACCAGUCGUCGGGGCACCAGCCGCAGCAGUGCGCCCCGCUGCCGCUCACCAUGCGCCCCAACGUGGGCUCGCGGGCUCACAUGAACCAGGUGGUGGUGAAGCAGGAGCCCGAGGACAUGGAGGACGGCGUGGGCAAACCCCAGCGCUCCGUUAUCAAGCCCAUCUGCCUGGGAGGGGGCAGCGUCAGCGGCGGGAUGUACUGCCCGGACGGAGACAGCCUGAACACGCCGGUGGUGGUGGCGUCCACCCCGGCCGCCACGCCAAACGCUCCCAGCCUCAUAUUCACCUACCCCAGCAUGAUGGAGCCCGAGAGCCCGUCACCCUCCUCCGAGUCCUGCUCCAAGGCUCACCGGCGCAGCAGCAGCAGCGGCGACCAGUCCUCCGACUCCCUCAACUCGCCCACGCUCCUGGCGCUCUGAGUUUGGGAGGUGAAACAAGCACUGUGGCUGAACUCUGACCCCCCCACCCCCACCCCAGCCCACCUCACCACUCCUCCACUCCUUCAGUGUCUUUAAAGCACAUUUUUAAAAAAGUCCAGACCAAGCUGACCAUGUGAGCCGUCCCCCUCCACCCUCCGGGCGAAGCAAAGGGGGGGGACCCACAAGGGCUACGCCGUGUUUCCUCAAAUCGAGCGUGAAAUGUUCUUCUCGUCAACGUGUGAGCAGCAACCCCCCCGAAAGGCAUCCCUCUCUUCGCCAUUUCAACUCCAGGGUGUCGACGCGUUUACUGACAUUUCUGAAGAAAGACGCCCGCGUUGACGRGACUACAACCAGAGAAGAACUUCUAAAUAUAUAAAUAUAUAUAUUUUGAAAACAUCUAAAUAAAAAAAAAGCCAUGUGGCCGACUAACUCUUGCACUCUGCCAAUCAAUAAAUCACUAAGCAGGUCGGCGUUCUUUUGAAAAUUCGGAGGAGAGACAAUGAACAAAAACUUCCUCUCGUUCGUUCAUUUUUCCUUUUUUUGUUUUGUUUUUGACUUUGGGAACUCGAUUCAGGACAGAGUGUGUACACUUUUCUGGUGUUCUCUCCAUCUCUAUAAGUGUAUUUAUGGCCUGUGCUGGUUGAAUUUUGUUGUUGUCUCCUUUGAAUCUGCCUGUAGAAAAGCAGCGUGAUCAUCCGCAGGGCGACCUGAGAACUCCUCAAUGUCGCCAAGAAUUUGAGCCAACUUUUAAUCGAUGACUAGCUCCUCAAUAUUUUCUAUUUUUGCCAUUGUGGCUUGAAUUUACGGUUAAUAUUGUGUGCUUUUCUUAAGUGAUUCUGUACCUGAACUCUACAGCUUGUUUUUUUUUUUUUUUUUGACAAAGUGUAUGUGAUUUACAUUGAUGUCAGGGAUUAUCUCUCAUGUGUGUAGUAGAAACCUGUUGUGACGAGUGUUGCAGGACUGCUGGCUGGUGCAGAGGUGGUACUUUUGAAAAUUGCAUAGCCUCAUUGUGUCUCACUGAGAGCUUUGUCUUUUCUUUUCUUUUUUUAUUUUGCUCAGACAUUUCAAAAAAAAAGUUUGAACAAAAUCCUCCUCCGCUUCAURCUCUAAAUAAACUUUUUUUUGUCCAACGCCGCCUCUCAGGGGCAGAUCAGGUUCCAAAAGGCCAAAACAAAACCUUUUUUUAUGACACAUGUAAUCCUGUAUUUCAUCAGUCUUUGUCUAAAAAAAAUAAUACAAAUAAAAAAAGGAGGGAUUUUGCACAAACUUGAAAAAAGCCACGGUGGUCCAGACUGUCGCCAGCUGCCAAACGAUGUCAACUCUGUUUAUACGAUGUUUGUAAAUCUGUCACUUUUAGUAAAGAAAUGAUGUUUAAAUUCUGCUCAGAUGUGCUGAUUUCUGGGAGCAUGAGGUACUGAUCGGCUGAAGCACCAGCACCGGACGCAGUUUGCUUUUCAACGAAGGGAUGAAGAAGAAGACUUUCUCUACAGCUGGUCUGACGUGAAAGAGUGAACACUUUGACCACUUUUUGGUCUUUAUUUGUACCUGUACGUUAAAGGGACGAGGGGGUUUGAAACGACGCACUGAGGCGGACAGAACAGCCAUAUCUGAGAAUCUUUGUUUACUUGAGACAUUCCAAAUAAAUUUAAUGUCAGGGGUUUAAAAAAAAACUGCCAUCAUCUUUGCUUGAAUUCUAUUUUUUUUUUCAAUCUGAGGAAUUUGUUUUUAUUUGUUGCGCUGGAUGCAGAAUCUACAUAUUUGCAACUGAACACAAGCUGCUGCUACUUGCUUGGAAAGAACACGUGGGCUGUUUUUGAUUUAAUGUGACUCAUUGUUCAAUAUUUUUUGGUAAAAAAAAAAGGGGGGGUGUGGUGAAUUCUUUAAUCCAGCAUGACAACCUAAAGAGACGAGAGCAGAACCAAAAACAUGUGUUUGUUGGAGCACGAGCCCUCGACACACACAGGAAAGCCAUCAYCUCUUCUACUGUACAUGUCAUCUACUGUCUGUCGCCUGUUCAGCUACUAUUUCUGUUUUUUUUUCUUUUUUUCGGCUGCUUUACCUGUUUAAAAUGAUUCAAAAUGAAUAAAAACAGCAAUAUGUAUAGCAGUGUUUGUUAAUUUAAAAGAGUAAUAAUAAUAAAAGAAUUUUCAACUUGGAA